CGAGGUCUUUCCUCUUCGGCGUGAGCUCACCAAAUACACACACACAUUCGCCCAUCCACUUCCUACAUAGCUUUAAUCGUGUGUGUACGGUUGGUACGAAAUGCAUGGGGGUCCCUGCGUGUUUCAACGCAGACGAUAUUUUCUAUGUUUUCUUUUUGCGAUCUGCACAGCUGAUUCGCCAACACAAAGCUAACACAUGACAUGCGACGACAAAGAAAUGCGAGCCUCAUAUCGACAGGCACAAGAAACUGUACCAAAUCGACGGGAAUUGAGCUCGGAAACGUGCAAUAGAGCUCUCUUUUUCUCCGGGAUUAUUCAUCUAUAUGCUGGCAUAUUUUGAAUAACCAACACGCAGAACCAUGGCGGAUAUUUCCUCUCCAAAAUUGAGCUUCUUAUCUUUGCGGAUGUAUGUUAUGAUUUUUGUCGGAGCUUCCCUGAUGUGCGAAAGUAUAUCAGCGCUCGAAAUCUUCACCCAAAAGACAGUAUCCCUGUGGCUGGACAAGACAGACCAAAGCAUCCCAUGCGAUGUACGACUACAGGAGGGGGAGCGGAUAUCGGGGUUCUCCUGGAGCCGAGCGCAGGAGGGGGCAUCGGACCCAACCGAAAUUAUAAAGGUGUUCCGCGAUGUUGUAUCGGGCUCGGGAAUUGAGAGCGGGAAUUUCAGUCUUUCAGAGAACAAGUCGCUAGUUUUACACCGGCCACCAACGAUAGAGGACGAGGGGCAAUACAUCUGCAAAGUGAUUUUAUCGGGCGCCUCCGCGGGGGAUCAAAAUACAAAUUCCAGUACUAUUCGUGUUCUUUCUGCUCCGACGGAACUAUAUCCUACUAUUCUUGAAUGUGCAAACGCCGAUGAACAUGCUGAAAAUGAGGACGAAACAUGUGUAAUCAAACUCGAGGUUGGGACGGGUAUAAACUUAACAUGCGAGAUUUCUGGAUUUCGACCCCUCUUGGAUUUAAGGUGGACAAACGCAACUCAGGACGAGAUUGCAAGUUACAGGACGUUGACAAAUAAUUCUGAUGGAACACAAAACCUGUCCGUGACAUUUGAAGUAACAUCUAGUCUUGAGAGACAGGAGUUUUCAUGUAAUGUGAGCGGGGAGGCAGUCUCGGGACAAAGAUGGAGCGUAGUCGCAAUUCAAGGGGUAGAAGCAAACGGGUCACCACUCGUAGUCAUCAUCGUCAUCGUCGUGUCAAUCCUAUUAGUACUGUUGGUCCUCUUCAUUUGCAUCAUCCUCAUACUCAAGAGCAGGAGGAGGAGGUCGAAAGGUGAACCGGGGACGCCGACAAGGCAGGAACAGCUCACAGAACUAGAGAGGGGAUCGGCUGUCCGUCCAAUAGAAAACAAUCACUACACAAACGAGCCAGUAUCUGUGCUGGUAGAAGAACCGCCCGUAGAGAUUGUAGAGACCAAAUGUACCGAAGGAACACAGACGGAUAUUCCUGAACCACCUGAAGACGAAGACAGAAUGAGCACAGAUGACAUCGAACAGUCUCAGGAGUUAUUGAACAAGGAUGAUAGAGAAGACAGCCAAUCCAACUCAAGAGCACCAUCACACCUUUCCAGUCGAUCAGACAUCGCCCAUCAUGAAUUCGGGGAGAGCUGGGUUUGCGUGAGCCCCGAGGAGCUUCGGAAUCUACAAGAUCGCAAAGAUGACGACGGAACCGGUGCAGAUGAACCAGGUACAUCUGUUGAGCGCCCUCAGCGUCCGGGUCACUUUCGUGGUGUGUUCCAGGGCUUUGGUAACCUUCUGGACACCUUCAGCAACUUGAUGCGGCAUGAAGCCUAAUAUAAGAGACGCCGACUGUCGCUGUUAAUAUAUUUAUUGCUUCUAUUUUGUCUUGUUUUCAAUAACUUCGCUUUGGCCACAUUGGCAAAGAGCGGAAUGGUAUUAGACAGCAGAUAUAUAUGGACUAUACUAACACAAUGGAACAUGGUCAGACGUGACCUUAAAAACCCUGCUUGUAUAUCUUGCCGUGUUUAAUUUUGAUGGGUAUCUAAGGUAUCUGCAUGUCAAAAGACAUGAACAGAUCUUCAGUAUGAAACAUCCUGAAAAUCAUGCAUAAAGUUUAUAUAUCAAACAUUAUGUAACUUACGUGUCAGGUCGAGGUGAAGGCCACAAUUCGCUGACAGAGACUUGGUCGAAAUACCAUUGCUGAUGUGUAAAAGUCUGCAAGCAGAAAACCCCAGGCCUAUCAAUUAGAAGAACCCUCUAGUCUCUCGGAACGUCUUCGGGUGAGGGAAAAGUGAGAUAAGGACUUUUCCAUAUGGGGGGGGGGGGUGGAUCGGAAAUGCAAAACAUUAGCCUAAACCUAUUGAUUAGCCUUCUGUUAUUGGUUAAACAUCGGAAAAAUUUCAAAUUGCACAUGAGAACCAACUCCUGUGCGUCUUCAAAAUAAAACGCCCUCUUGAACAGUCGAACAAUAGGGCUCUACCAAACAGGCACAAUUAAACUCACUAUCAUACGUUGUAUGAAGAGGUAAACGUGCAAGAUAAAAACGAUGAUUUGAAGCUUCAUUAGAAAGCAUGGCCUUAGAAAGUACAAUUGAGGACAAAUAUGUGACAAGUUUUGCAUUGGUAAUGGUGAUGAUUUGCUAAAGGACAAAUACUGUAAGACUUUACCUUGUAUCAUAGUCAUAUCAUGUGUCAUUUUUUUAAGGCUGAUAUUGGAGAAUAAUGUGAUUUCCGAAGCAGAACAGAACGAUGGACUAGUUAUAAUAGUACAAUAUCGAUGUGUAUGUACAUGGAUUAUCAUGAGUACCUUCAGAGGCUACGGUAAUGGUUUUUUUCGUGAUAACUUGGUAUGGCAUGCAAAUCAAGUUGUCAAUGUCAAUAUCUGGCUUACGCUCAUUAUCAAAAUAUUAUCAACAUCAGACAUGUUAAUGGUAUCAUGCGUGAGCAAUGAGUGUAAUGUGUAUACAGUGACCAUCACCAGAAAAGUUAGUAGGAAUUCCUGAAGCAAUUCUGUGGCUCUUGAUCGUUUAGGCAAUAGCGUGACACUUUUACGAAAGCAUUCAUUUGUGUUUUAAGUCUUGAGUGGGGAUGUAACCGCCUACAUUCACUGUUGUAUCGCAAUACUCUGCUUUGAAGCUGAGUUGUUUAAAAGAACUCAGAUUAUUCAAUUCAAUGGAAGAAAACUAUAGUACUUAUUAAAAUAUUUGUGUUAUACUACCGUUGAUCUUGUGAUAAAUAAAGUGUACUCUAAAUCAGCAGUAUUUGUGUUGACUAGCUAAAUCAAGGUACACAAAAUGAACUGUAACGGUUUAAUGGCACACGAGUACUCCGUGUCAUCUAACUAGCUAGUCAAGUCUGAAUUUUGCUCACUGAAGUAUAAUAUAUCAUCCGAUCAUAGAAGAAACUCCAAGCUGUCAAUCAGGAUGAACAUCCUUGCCCAAAAACCGUAAUAUCUUUGUAUGAAGACUUUCUCAAAUUGCUAACAUUUUCUCGGAUCUCCUGUAUGUACGUUACUCAUUUUCAACAUAUAAGUGCAAUGAUGCUCUUUGUGGCUUUUGUGCAAAGUGAAAACUUUCAGCUGAACAAAACGAAAUAUAACAUUUAAACUUUAUCGCGAUUAUUGCAGUUUGAAACGAUGAGUCUAGGGUAUUUGCUCAUGUGCUCUUUCAUAAUGAGAUCCGAACGAGAAUGAGCCAGUAAAGAUUAUUCUACUAUAAAUAACUUAUACGUAUAACUUUUAAUAGGAAUUACAUUGUAUUACUAGUUAUUUCGAACUGAAGGUGUAACGUGUAGCUUUUCGAAACAGGGUUCGUUUGAUAUUGCCAUUUUGUUAAUGUUGUCAUAUUAACACAGGAACCUCAUAUCAUCUGACAGUUACUAGGAGAAAUUGCGGGUUUAAACAUUUCUAUGUUUUUUUUGUUUUGUAGAACAUGAUCAUGCGGCUACGUUUUUUACAUUUAUGUUUCCAUGAUUUUCGUUAGAACUCAUCUUCAUUUCCCACAUUUUGUUUUUAAUCUGUCUACAUAUAAUACAAAGGAAUCCAUUUUUACUACGUACUUAAAGUAAACACAACUCUAAUUUUGUUAUAAGAAUGGAAUUUUUGCAAGGCAGGUAAUCUAAUUCUCAGUAAAAGGUCAAAUAUUUGGUUCAUAAGGAUAUUAAUAUGACAGUACAUGUAUGUUUUGUCAUAUAUCUCCAAUCGGUUCAUCAUACAUGAACGUCAGUAAAUAAUCUUACACCAUUUCUGCUUCAAUCGUCACAUGUAGACUGUGGGCAUAUUGUUUUUGUAGUGCUAAGUGUUGCUAAGUAUUCUACGAAACUCAUUCUGACUUGAAAAUGUAUGUACCCAUACUUUUCAAUAAGUGAUACAUUGUUAACGUUCAAAAGUUUGACAUGACUUUCUGUCUUUUUAUGUCACUUUCGAGGUACAUGGAUAUCGACAAGUUUGGUAGCCAUUAUUUCGAGGGAAGGAGGAAUCUCGCCGCUCGUAGCCUUUUAAAAUCAUUUUAGUUUGAAGUAACUAGAAAUGAUCAUGUUCGUAAAUGAUUUAAUUUGUUAUUAUUUCCAUUGAUAUUUCCGUGCAACCGAUGAAAGGUACAGAAGUGUAAAUCUCGAAACAGUAGAUUCAAACUACUUUAUUAUAACUGAGCGUUGGGGAAGCUUUCAUUAACAAUAUUUUCCCCCAACGCACACAUACAUAGUAUUCACAAUAAAUAAUCUAAGGUCAACAAAAUAUAGUCUAAGGUCGAGAAGUUGAUUGUAAACUGAAAAUAACAAUAAUAUUGUGUCUUUGUAAUAUAAAUCAUUUUGAUAUGCUAAUUAUUUCAGACAAAAUAAGAAAAUGAAAGAAAUAACAAAUAGUAAUCAUAAUUAUUAACUCAUUCGGAGUUAUUUUCUAAAGUAUUCCUGUGUCUAUUUUAACGAAGAAGGUAUUUAUUCUAUUUGAUUAAGCACGAGUAGGAAUUUUGUAUGCAAUUGAACAGAAAUGUAUAGUGUGUGAAGGUCUGAGGUUUUGGGUGAAGAAGAUCGAAAAUGAAGGAUUAAUGU